AUGAACCAUGAGUCUGCUUUUCUUAUGACAACAGUGAGCAGUGUGGCAGAGGUCGAUCCGCCCUACACUCAUGCAAUGCUUGCUGGUGGGUUUGGUGGAUCAAUAGGUGAUCUCCUCAUGCAUUCCGUAGACACGGUCAAGACCAGACAGCAAGUCGCUCCUCAUGUCGCAAAGUACGCCACUCUACCGUCAGCUUAUCGGACAAUUUAUCGCCAAGAGGGCCUGCGGGGUCUCUACGGAGGAAUCACGCCUGCUAUCAUGGGAAGCGUCCCUGGAACAGUCAUGUUUUUCGGCACCUAUGAAUACUCAAAACGAAAUCUGAUUGAAGCUGGAAUGCCAGAUACGCUUGCUCAUCUAUCGGCAGGAUUUUUGGGUGAUCUGGUAGCAUCCACCAUAUACGUACCUUCGGAAGUUCUGAAAACGCGCUUGCAAAUGCAAGGUCGAUAUAAUAAUCCGCAUUUUUCGUCCGGUUACAAUUAUCGCGGCACACUCCAUGCUAUUGAAACCAUAUGCAGGCUGGAGGGCCGCGGUGCUCUAUUUCAUGGCUACAAGGCAACAAUUCUUAGAGAUCUGCCUUUUUCGGCGCUGCAGUUUGCAUUCUAUGAACGCUUCAAGAAGGCAGCGCAUGACCACGUCGGCUCCAGAGAUAUCGGGAUGCCGUUAGAAACCCUCACAGGCGCUAUGGCGGGCGGCCUGGCUGGAAUGAUUACGACGCCAUUAGACGUUGUCAAGACACGUAUACAGACUCAGGUUCGAAGUCCUGCACGUGAGAUCGAAUCGCGAAUACCAAGAUCGGGCUCGGCCGCGCCCUCGAGUUCAAAAUCUCAGCACAGCAGGCAUUUCUCCUCGUCUUGCGUGCACAUGAUAUCGACGUCGUCACCUUCGACAACGCCGACUUUACCUUCAUCAGUGAAACUUCACACGUCAUCUGUGGCUGAGGGUUUGAAGAUAAUCUACAAAAGCGAGGGUUUCGCGGGUUUGUUUAGAGGAGUGGCUCCUCGCGUAGCUUGGACGGCUGCGCAGUCGAGUUUCAUGUUUGUUCUUUACGAAAACGGACUAAAGAUGCUAGCAAAAUGGUGGCCAGAUGCCAUAUAG